AUGGCUCCGUCUGCUGUCAAAGCGGACGGCGCAUCGUCCAAAACCGAGGGUGCAGUCUCUGCUGCCGACGUGUCCGGCGACCCAACUCUUGCGCACGUCAAUGAAGAGUAUGGCCGCCCACCGGUAUUCACAGACCCGAUCAAGUACCGCUCGUGGCUCAAGCACCGCCUUGCAUUGGCCUUCCGCAUCUUUGCAAAGCACGGCUUCUUGGAGGGCAUCGCCGGACACAUUACGGUGCGCGACCCCGUCGACCCGUCCAGCUUCUGGGUCAACCCGUUUGGCACGCACUUUGCCCUGAUCACAGACGACGAUCUACUGCGGGUUAGCCAUGACGGGCAGGUGCUCGAGGGCGGCUCCAACAAGAUGCUCAACUACGCCGCGUUUGCCAUCCACUCGGAAAUCCACAAGGCACGGCCGGACGUACAGUGCGCGGCACACUCGCACUCGCUGUACGGCCGCGCCAUGUGUGCUACCGGGCGCACACUCGACAUGCUGACGCAAGACUUUUGCAUCUUUUACGACGACCACGUGGUCUACCCCAACUUUGCGGGCGUUGUGCUGGCGACGGACGAGGGUCGGCGCAUUGCAGAGGUCUUGGGUUCCCGCAAAGCCGCCUUUCUCGGCAACCAUGGCAUCCUGACGGCGGGUGCGUCGAUCGAGGCGGCGGUCAACUGGUUCGUCCUCUUGGAAAAGUGUAGCCGGGUGCAGAUGAUUGCGGAGGCGGCCGUUGGUGGUAGACGGAAUGAACUGACCACGAUCGGCCCCGAGGAAGCGCUCAACUCCUGGAAGGCGAUCGGCACAUCAGAUGCAGGGUACUUUGGUGGGCUGCCACUCUUCCAAAUGGCCGAGAAGGAAUUUGGCGAGAGCACGUUUCUGGGACGGGGAGUGUGA